AAGUACCACUACUAGGACUAUCUUUUCCUCUAAGUUCUAAAAGUACAUCUAUACAGAAGAAAACUAUUUAAAAUAGAAUAUUUAAGGAGUAAUUUCUUUGUCUCUUACUCAGAACUUCAGAAUUCUUGAUAGAUAGAAGGCAUCCAUUGGUUGGAAGGUUCAAUCUGAGAUUUCUCAUCCCUGUUUCUUUUGUAGACAUGGAGGCAAGAGAGGAAAUCACAACAUUGAUAAAUCUUUUUUUUUCUUUUCCUUCAGCUUUUUAGUGACAUUUCUAAGGACCAUGGAAACAGCAAUACCAUAGUGACUGGAUUUGUCUUCCGGGGACUAGUACAGUCUCUGGAACUGCAGGCCCUAUUAUUUGUUGCUUUCUUUGUUGUAUACAUCACUGCCAUUUUGGGAAACCUCUUUGUAGUUCUGACUAUCUGGAUUAGCCCUCGUCUCCACACACCCAUGUACUCCCUCCUGGGUCACUUGUCUUUUGUUGACAUUUGUUACUCCCUAAUAGCCACUCCAAGGAUGCUGAGGGACCUGCUGGCAGAGAGUAAGCAAAUCUCCUUUUCAGGUUGCUUUACCCAGCUCUUCUUCAUCCAUUUUCUGGGUGGCACUGAGAUUCUCAAUCUGGUAGUCAUGGCAUUUGACCGCUAUGUUGCUAUCUGCAGACCAUUACAUUAUGCUGCCCUCAUGAAUCCAACUAUCAGGAACCGUUUCUUAUUGGCCUCCUGGCUAGGGGGAUUGGUGCAUUCAUCCCUCCAACUUGCCCUUUUGCUUCCACUUCCCUUCUGUGGUCCCAACCAAUUGGACAAUUUCUACUGUGACAUAAUACAGGUUCUGGAGCUGGCCUGCACAGACACAUAUGCUGUGAAACUCCUGCUUGUUGGCAACAGUGGGCUUGUCACCUUGAUAGUCUUUCUGGCCUUGCUCACCUCUUACUCUGUUAUCCUUGUUACACUACGGGCCCAUUCAGCUCAUGCCCGGGCUAAAGCAUUAUCUACUUGUGGUGCCCACAUAACAGUAGUGGUAAUGACUUUCAUUCCUGCACUUUGUGUCUAUGCUUGGCCUUUUCGAGAUCAAUCCCAAGACAAGGCUAUCUCAGUGCUACAUAUUGUGCUAAUGCCUAUGCUCAACCCCUUAGUCUAUACUCUGAGGAACAAGGAGAUGCAUGAGGCCAAGAAGGGUGGUUGUGUGAGGGCCGUCCUCUGGUUCAGAAAGUGA